AUGGAGCCUGCGGAGCUCUACCAUCAGCUGAGCGUGGAGCUUGGUCGGGGCGGGGUGGACGUCUGCCACCUCCUGGCUCUAGGCUGGUACAACGAUAGCAUCCCAGAUGAACUAGGCGCGAGAAUCCCUGCCCACGGCGCCGCCGGCCAGGACGCGCUGGCUGUGCUCAUCGGCAACAGCCGGGCCAUCUGGGAGGCGUUCCUGGAGGCGCUGGGCGCCAGCGAGGAGCUGCAGGAGGCGUGCAGCCCGCUGGAGCUGUACCUGGAGCGCACCGUGUGCUCCAGCCUGGCCGCCGCCGCACCCGGGCUGCGUCACCGCAUCUACUGGAGCCACCGCCGCACGGGCGACCUGCAGGCGCCCGCCGGCGGCGGCGGCGCCAGCGAGCAUGUCGCCUUCCAGCGCAUGGCGCACCACAGCGGGCUGGCGUUUUUGGACCACGACUCACACCUCUGCCUGCACCCGCGCUUCGGCCCCUGGUUCAGCCUGCGCUGCGUGGUCAUCUUUGACGAUGUGCCCUACGCAGCCCCCAAGCCCGAGGAGCUGCCCAACCCCCUCCCCGCCGCCACCCGCCUGUACGUGCGCAUGGCGCUGCACACGGCAGUGCACAACACCAGCCGCAAGUUCCACCUGCCGGAGGUGGAUGUGGAGGCGGCAGAGGCGGUGAUUGCCGAGGCCAGCUUCGAGCCUGUGCUGGAGGGGGACAGCGAGGAGGAGGAGGAGCAGGAGGGGGGGCAGCCAGGGCCCUCCGCCUGCCCCAGCAGCGGCGCCCGCAGCACGAUAGGCAGCGACCCCGAGAGCGUCAGCGGCGGCAGCACCCCGUGCGCCAGCAGCGGCUGCAGCAGCCCGCGGUCGGGGCUGGAUGUGGCGUCGCUGCCCCCCGCCAGCCCCAAGCAGGUCACGGCAGCCGCCGGCCGCCUGGCCGGUGCCGCGCAGCCGCAGGCGGCGCCGCUGCCGGUGCCUGGCUCGGCGGCGGCAGAGGAGCCCGCCGCCUGCCGCUCCGGCUCUGGCCUCAGCGCCAGCCUCAGCAGCCCGCCCCUGGGCAGCCUGGGCAGCAUCUGCUCGCGGCGCAGCAGCCUGGGCAUGGAGGGCAAGCCCAGCUUCCGGGCGGUGGCGGCCAACUGGCGGGCGUGGGUGUCCGUGCGGGACAGCCCCUGCCCAGGCCACCCCAUGCGGUACAGCGAGGAGCAGAUAGAGUACCACUACACACGCAACCGCAUGGUGCUGGCCAAGGCGCUGCUGCGCCGCAACCUGGGCCCCAGCACCCCGGUGCUGCCGGUCAGCGGGCUGCUGGAUCCGGCGCUGCAGUCGUUCCACGCCGCCACCCGUCAGGCUCAGAAGGCGGCGGUGCGCCGCGACUACUCGGCUCUGGCGCCCGCCCCCGCGGGGCCCCCAGCAGCCGGAAUCACCGCGCCCUCAGCCGAGCAGCCGGGGCGCCCAGCACUUGACUAUGGCACGCGCCGCACCUUAUCGACUGAGGAGGGCUGCCGUGCUGCAUUGGAUGACACUUGCUACUUUGGGCUUGCUAACUUGCUACGGCUGCCCUUUCUUAUCCCUUCUCAUCUUAUCUCAUCACACUGGCACCUGCCCUUUUGA